AUGGAUCGAAAUUCUGGAUCGAAUUUAAAUGUUCAAAAAAUUGAUCGAUCUCCAUCGACAUCAUCAAUAGGCUCACAUGGAACUGUUGACUCAGGUCGAUCAACAGCAAGUACAAACCUUAGUUCGGUUAGUAGUCGUAGAAGAAAAGGAGUUUUAGGAAGAAUUGAAACUGGUUUUCGAUCGGUAUUUCGACGAUUUUCUCGGCCACGUACAUCAUUAACUGAAAUGGAAGCUCAACUAUUGUCAGCCACAACAAAUUAUACUCGAGAAGAAGUUUUACAAUGGCAUAAACAAUUCUUAAUUGAUAAUCCAAAUGGUUAUAUGACUCGAAAACAAUUUAUAUCAAUGUAUAAAUCAUUAUUUCCUAGAAGUGAUGCUGAACGUUUUGCUCGUCAUAUAUUUCGUGCAUUUGAUCUUGACAAUUCACAUACAAUUGAUUUUCGUGAAUUUCUUCUUGGUUUAUCAAUAACAUCAACAACAAAUUCAAUAAAAACAAAACUUGAAUGGACAUUUAAUGUUUUUGAUAUUGAUGGAAAUGGUUUAUUAACACGACGUGAAUGUUUAGAGGUUAUUGAUGCUAUUGUUCGAUAUUAUUUAUCAUCAGAAAGUGGUACGCAUAAUUCAAAUAAUGAAUCAAUAGUUAAUCUAGCUAAAAGAUCAAUGAUGACUAUAUUUGAUAAUGUCAGUCAAAAUCCAGCAGAUAAAUUAACGAGAUCGCAAUUUGUUGAAGGUUGUUUAAAAGAUCAAUUUAUUUCACAAUUAUUAGCACCAACAUCAAAUACAGUAUUAAUAAAUACUCAAAGUACAUUUGAUAAUCAUUCGACUGAUUCAAAACAUGUAUUAUAG